CCAAGCGGAGUCGAGUACGAUGUGGCGCGGAGUGAUAUCACUUCAAACAAAGUUUAUACUCUUUUAUACGAGACGGAAAACACUAAAUUCCACGAACUAACUGCGAAGAAAAAACUACUGUCGCCGCGGCAACGACGGGAACGACGAAAUGGCAGUUAACUGCCCCCUGUGAAGGGGAAGCUUUUCCUUGAGGGUUUUUUUUUUCCACGACCGAGGACGAAUAAGACGGUUAUAUUGUGACUGUGAGUUGUGUCGUUUCACAGAAGCCCCCAUGUUUUCGCCGAGUCAAGAGGAGCGCUGCGCCCCCGCGAAGGAGCCGGUGAAGUACGGGGAGCUGGUGGUGCUGGGGUACAACGGGUCCCUGCCCAAUGGAGACCGGGGCCGGAGGAAAAGCCGCUUUGCCCUGUACCGGAGAGCCAAGGCCAAUGGAGUCAAGCCCAGCACCGUGCACAUCCUCAACUCUCCACAGGCCAGCAAGGCGGUGAACUGCAGGGGGCAGCACAGUAUCUCCUACACUCUUUCCCGGAAUCAGACAGUGGUGGUGGAGUACUGCCACGACAAAGACACAGACAUGUUCCAGAUCGGGCGGUCGACGGAGAGCCCCAUUGACUUUGUGGUGACGGACACAGUGUCGGGUGGCCAGGUUGGGGAGGAAACCCCCAUCACACAGAGCACCAUCUCGCGAUUCGCUUGUCGGGUGGUCUGUGAGCGGAACCCCCCCUACACUGCGCGCAUCUACGCGGCCGGCUUCGACUCCUCCAAAAACAUCUUCCUGGGGGAAAAAGCAGCAAAGUGGAAGAACCCGGACGGCCACAUGGACGGGCUGACCACCAACGGUGUGCUGGUGAUGCACCCGAGGGGCGGGUUCACAGAGGAGUCCAAGCCCGGUGUUUGGAGGGAGAUCUCUGUCUGCGGGGACGUCUACACCCUGAGGGAGACCCGCUCCGCGCAGACCCGCGGCAAGCUGGUGGAGAGCGAGAGCAACGUGCUGCAGGACGGCUCGCUGGUGGACCUGUGCGGCGCCACGCUGCUGUGGCGCACGGCGGACGGGCUCUUCCACACGCCCACGCAGAAGCACCUGGAGGCGCUGCGGCAGGAGAUCAACGCGGCGCGGCCGCAGUGCCCCGUGGGCCUCAACACGCUGGCCUUCCCCAGCAUGCAGCGCAGCCGCGCGCCCGCGCCGCUGGAGGACAAGCAGCCCUGGGUGUACCUGGCCUGCGGCCACGUGCACGGCUACCACGACUGGGGCCACCGCUCGGAGCAGGAGCCCAACGCGCAGCGCGAGUGCCCCAUGUGCCGCGCCGUGGGGCCCUACGUGCCGCUGUGGCUGGGCUGCGAGCCCGCCUUCUACGUGGACACGGGCGCGCCCACGCACGCCUUCGUGCCCUGCGGACACGUGUGCUCGGAGAAGUCGGCCAAGUACUGGGCGGAGAUCCCGCUGCCGCACGGCACGCACGCCUUCCACGCCGCCUGCCCGUUCUGCGCCGCGCCGCUCAACCUCACGCAGGGCUGCGCCAAGCUCAUCUUCCAGGGCCCCAUCGACUGAGGAGGGGCCCCCGGGGCGGGGUGCGGCGGGGAGGGGGGUACACUGUGAAGCUCAAGCUUUGAUCUCCUCAUACUGUGUCUUCUUUCUUUUUUUUUUUUUCCUUUUUUUUUAACAUGGCCCGGGAGGGUGUAAUUUGGUAGGCUGUGCCUCACGGCAAGCCAUCUGGUCACCCCCGAGGUACUUCUGCAAGACCACUGCCGUAGAAAUGGAUCAGGCCAAAGUGGACUGGUCUGAACCCUGCGUUUUGAGUUUGGAUUUAGACGCUUAGGGAAUGGGGAGUGUAGGUGAAAAACCCCAAGCCAUUAUAGUGGCCCCUCCCUGCCCAUCGAAAACCACACAGCGUCGUAGCAACAUCUUUCCAACAACCUGCUUGCAGCAGAUCAGGGGACGGCCAAACACUCCCUCUACCGGACUGAUUUUUUUUUUUUCUUUUAAGCCAUUGAAUAGAGCUUUUAACUGAUCUUAGCAUCCUGAGCAUUUUAAACAGCCUCUCGCCACUCAUGUAGAAGGGCUAACAUAGGGCCACUCUAGUGUCCUCUCUUUCACUUUACUAGUUGAACAGACAGCAGUGGGUGGAGAAGGUGUGUGGUGUGCUCUGGGGGUUCCACUGUCCGCCUCGCUGAAGCACGUGUGCGCUUCUGAUGUUACAGGCCUAGACAGCUGGACUGUUGACUGGGAGGAAGACAAAAGGGGGCCAGGGGGGUUGUGGGUAACUGGUUAACUACUCCCCGCUGGCUUCUCAGCCCCUGAUUGGUGAGAGCAGUCAGAACAUGUAACAGUGUAGAGGUCAGCUGGAGGUCAGCGUCGUUCCAGCCAUAGGGUUUUUGGGGAACAUGCUUUUAUUUUGAAAAAAUUCUUCUCAUUUUUUCUUGAAUAUUGUACAAAGAUUGAUUCCAGUGCCUGGGGUCCCAGCCAGUCCCUGGGAAUAUUUUUACUAGAUGGAAAAUAACUAUUUUAAUGAGAGGGGGAAGGGGGGUUUACAUACAAAAGAUGAAAUUCACAGGAUUUUUUCCUCUUUCUUUCUAAGGAGUAUUUUACUACACUGAGGCCCUUGUACAGUUUUCUAAUUUAAAUGAUGUUAAUAUAUUUUUUCUUGAAUACCAUUGUGUGCAUGUGGAUUUGGAUACGCGGGUGUUUUUGAAUACACAAACGUGCGGCUAUAGGUUCAUUCUCCCAGGCGAGUCCCCUCCCCUUGACCCACCUCAGUUCUGAGAUGAAAUUACCAUUUUAUAUUCCCAUUCUUUUAGAAUUUAAGUAACUCAAUGCAAUAAGAAGCUACAGGGUCAAACCUGUGGAACAUGACUUUGAAUGUAUUUGUAAUACAUGGAUUCUCUAUUGAUCUCCGGUGCUGUCUUUAAAGACGUGUUUUCAAGUGCUGAAUGACUGUGUUGUGUAUGACCACAGACCUCACUGUCUCACUUGAAUCUCUAAUUUCCCCAGUUGGCUCUGCCCUGUGGAGAAUGACCCAAUAGUGUAUUCAGCCACGCCCGUCUGCCAUCCUCAGUAUACGCUCAUACACGCCCCCUCUUACUGUGGUUAACUUGCACUGUUGAUUUCUAAGCUUUAUUUUCAUGCUGUGUCAUCAAAAGGUUUUCACAGUCCUUAAGAGGGUCACAGUCAGCCAUUAAAGGGGUUAUGCCAAAAAAAGGAUGUUUCUUUUGCUAGGUUACAGGGGGAGUUCUCAUUUAAAAGCGGCUGUCGGUUUGAAGCAGCCAUUUCAGGCUCCCCGGGCUGUCACUUGUCUUUAGUGCGACUAAUCCUAGUAAACGCGAGACAUGAGCAGUGUCCCCUCAAACAGAGAAUCAAACCAAAGUCUUAAUCAGCCAAGAAAGAUCCUUCAUCUCUCUCUAAAAUUGGCCUGUGGAUGAGAAGUUUUAAUAUAUAUGAAAUAACAUUAGUCAUGCCCGUUUUAAGGGUAAGUAUUGGAUGGGGGAAGGCUACAGAUUGUUUAGACAAAUGUGUCAUUUUUUAUGUAACCUUCACAUAAACCACAGCAGUGCUGGAGCACUUGGUGACCCCAUGGAUGGACACGUCCUUUAAGUCUGAAUGAGACCCCUCCAUAUAGGUCACUAUUUCCCCUGUUGGGGAUAUCUGACAAACUUGUGUCGUGUGUUGUCUGACACCAAUGUGCUGUUUACACCGAGGAGUUGAAGGUCAACCCUUCAAAAGGCAGAUCUUUUCCUGUCUAUAUGUCAGUACCAGAGGUCACUGCUUAGACAGGCUAAUCCAGCAGUCUGGAAGUAGGCUUGUAGGGCUGGUUUCCAAGGCUGACCAGAGAGGGUCAGAGAGUGACUACUGCAGUAAGCUCGGACAUGAAACGAAAAGCACCCCCUAACCAGGCCCUAGAGGUUCUGGCUGUGUGCCCCCUUAGGACUGUGCUGAUAGUUAGUGCACGUAUUCGAGGCUGUGAAAACCACUUAAAUCACUUUAUUCUACAGGAUCGCAAGCAUUAUAGUGACGAAAAAUUGGAAGCCCUGUUUUGGUGAUUGCCAAGUAUGAGUAACACUUGAAUGCGGUGACGGCCAUGUGUUCUUCCUGUCAUGCUCCCAGGCCCUCUCGCUAAAUGGGGCCCGUGACUUCAGGUUCUGAGUGGUCAAAAGUUUACAGAUUUUCCAGGUUUUUCACUGUGCUGGUGGGCUUUAUAUUUCCCAUAAGCUCAGCAGGAUUCUUUGCUGUGGAGGACCGCAGUGGCCCAGCCCCUCUUUCCAGCAGGAAACGGACACGGUUUGGUGUGUGAAGCCAAAGGUUGUAGAGUUGAUUUAGUGUCGUGUUUAUGGAGGAGACUGACUGGCUUUGUACGCGUCUCAAUCAACGGCACGGCGUGACCCGGACUGCCCGGCCCUGCAACAGUCUUCCAUACGCCGCGAGGACGCCUCAGGAGCUGGCUGUCCACAGACCUGCCAUCUCACCCUCCAACCACGAUGCCGAGCCUCUCCAGGGCCCACUGAACAUCUCUCUUACUCAGUAAAGACCCGUAUUUAACCAGCAGACUGUGCGCUCGUGUGCAUCUAGAGUAACGACUGCACUUUUGGUCAGUGGAGCUAUGAUCGCAGCCCCCUAGAGGUUUUAGAGAAGCCUUUUAGAGAAGAAAGCAAAAGUACAUAACACUAAAGAAAAGGGUGGCAGAUUACAGAUGGCCCCCUGAAGAGAUGACAACGCCUAGCCACUCCCCCCAGUGUGGGUGCGGAGGGGGGCCCCUCGGCCUCACUGUGUUUGCGCCUCCUUCCUUUUAACAUUCCUCAUCUGAGAUUUGGGGCCAAUCCUCCCACCACCAGGGGGCACUGCCACUGCAUUUGUGCUGAUCCUUUGUAUGAUCACAGGGUGCACAGACACUCUCAAAGCCUACUUUACUAAA